GUCCCCGUGUUGCGUGCGUGCUGGAGCUCGCGCGGUGUGUGCACGUGUGUGAAAAAGGGUGGUCUGUGAGUGAGAGAGCACCCGGAGCGGAGUGAUGGCCGGGCACGAGCCGACACUCAAAGAGGAAUGAGAACUUGUCGGGGAUGGCGGAUAAACCUCCGACACUGGUUGUGAAGCUGUUCGCCGCCGGGUUUUACGGUCUGAGCUCGUUUUUGAUCGUCGUGGUGAACAAGAGCGUCCUCACUAGCUACAGGUUCCCCUCAUCGAUAUGUGUCGGCAUAGGACAAAUGUUUGCCACCGUAGUCGUGCUGUGGGUGGGCAAGGCUGCGAGGGUGAUCACCUUCCCAGAUUUUGAUGAGAACAUACCUCACAAGACGUUUCCGCUACCUCUCCUUUAUGUGGGAAAUCAGAUAACCGGUCUGUUUGGUACUAAAAGGCUUAACUUGCCAAUGUUUACAGUCCUCAGGAGAUUCUCCAUCCUAUUCACCAUGCUGGCUGAGGGAUUUCUUCUCAAGAAGAAGUUCUCCCGGCCAGUCCAGCUGACGGUAUUUACAAUGAUUCUAGGGGCGUUUAUCGCUGCAAGUGCUGACUUAACCUUUGACCUGCAUGGCUACAUCUUCAUUCUUAUGAAUGACGUCCUGACUGCUGCCAACGGAGCCUAUGUCAAGCAAAAAUUAGACGCUAAGGAGUUGGGGAAGUAUGGAUUAUUAUUCUAUAAUGCAUUAUUUAUGAUCAUUCCUACUUUGCUGUUGGCUCAUGCCACUGGAGAUAUACAGAAGGCAGCAGAGUUUGACGGCUGGUCGGAUGUGGUUUUCCUGUCCCAGUUUACCCUCUCAUGUGUGAUGGGGUUUAUUCUGAUGUAUUCCACUGUUCUGUGUACACAGUACAACUCUGCUUUAACAACUACCAUCGUGGGCUGCAUCAAGAACGUCCUGGUGACGUACAUUGGGAUGGUUUUUGGUGGAGACUACAUUUUCUCUUGGACUAACUUCAUAGGGUUGAACAUCAGCAUUGCAGGCAGCCUGGUUUACUCGUACAUCACUCUCGCAGAAGAACAGUCCAGCAGACCGAAUGACAACAACAAGCUGGACAUCAAGGGGAAGGUGCUUGUGUGACAGACACUGGAUUUUAUAUGUUGUGUAUUUUAAUGAACAGGAAAACUGUUUUUAGUGCAACUGAUAUUUAUGGGAUAUUUGGGCAGCACAUUCACGUGGUCAGGGUGUCAAACAUUUCCAUUGUUGUUUUAAAUGGACACACUGACAGCAGGCCGUGGUUAUGAAACACUACAGGACGCUGAAGACCGACAAAUACUUUUUGUUUCAAUGCUGCACAAGAGAGAACCAGGAAAUGUGGGAAAAUAACUUGUAUCCAAAGAUUUCUGACAAAAUGAACAUUUCAGAGUUUGGUCUUGAACACAGUAAACAGCUGGAUGUAACAGCUGUAUUAGGCGUGUACUGAUGCAUCACUGGGACAUGGAUCUUCUAAAGGCACAGUCCUUUCUGUGGCCUGUUCUGUUUGCCGUUUACAAAACCGUGAGAUGCACUGAUGUUUUCCAUUUUUCCGUCUGUAGCCUUUCAUGUUGGUUUCACGUGUAGCUGUUGGUUGUUAGGGUCAGACCUGGUUUGUGUUCUUACAGGAUGUUUGUGAAGGACUCUUUAAAGCAUAACUGUUUGUCUACAAAUACUUUUACAGAAGUAUUCAGUCGGGAGUUUUGUGUGUGUGUGUGUGUGUGUGUGGGGGGGGGGGGGGUAUGUUAUUAUUAUUUUUUUUUUUUACAUUUUGUCUAACUCGUUUCUCGCACUUUUAACUGAGGUCAAGCAUGCUAAAAUGGAAGAUUGUCACAUUUCAUUGGUCAAACUGAGAUUAUACUUUCCUGAAAUGUAAAUAUCAGGGAUUAAAAAACAUCUUAGCAAGUAAAAUUUGUUUAGUUAACCAGGGAAAAGUGUUUGUUUUUAUACUUCUGUUAUUUUGUAUUUAUUCUGUUUUUUCUUUAGACUUGUUCACUUUUGUAGGCAAGGUGUUAAGAAUCAUUGAUAUCACCUCAAAGUAAUUUGUAGCUGAAAAUGUAUUUUUACAUUAAAAACUGACCUUUGUGA